AUGGCGCGGCGGCAGCGAGCAGGGCAUGGGUCUGCCGUGACCGCGAGUGCCAAUACGGGAACCUUCCUGUGGCGCAACAAAGGUCGGCAGUGCGGCCCCGCUGCCCCAGCCAGGGCCCUCAAGGCUCUCCGCUUCCCGGGUGCCGCAGUGCCAUGGGAUGCUGCCGGGGACCAGCGUGCCCUCGGACGCUGGGCCAACGGGCCGCCCAAGGCUGGAGAGGGCAGAGGCACUGCCCCCAAGGAGUCCAAGGACUUGGUGGUCGAAGCUCUGCGCGAGUACCAGCAGUCCACGGGCAAAGACAUUGCUGAGAUCAUCGAGUACCAGGAGUCUAAGGCCAAGGCGGUGGACCAGCCUCCUGGGCCCGCUGACUUGGGCUCGAAGCCUCUGCACGACUUGUUGGCCAGGCGGUCAAAGAAGGUCAAGCAGGCAGAGCGCAAGCAGCUCGAUGAGCAUGAGAAGUACCUGGUCAAGAUUGAAGCCGCCAUUCGGGAGGCUCAAGCCAAGUCGGUUCCUCCCGAGCCUUCUCCUGAGGCCGAAACAGAGGAUCACUUGGCCACCGUGCUCGCCAUAAAGGCCUUUGCCAAGCUCCUCCAGCGGGCCUCUCGCCAGUACCAGCUGGACUUCACCGAGCAGGUCCAGUGGAUCGGCCAGAAGCUCGAGAAGGUCAAGUCAGAGGCGGAGAAAGCAGCCAGCGCUGCCAGGCCGCCUGAUCCAGCUGCUGCUGGGGGUGCUGUUGACUCUGCUCGCGGUGGCGGUGCCGACCCAGACAUGGGAGAAGUGGCCAGCGACAUGGAAAUCGACAUCGAGGAUCCUGAGGUCGCCAAGCAUUUCGAGGAUGCCGGAGUCACCGACGUCGAAUGGCCCUCAAGUGACCACUGGAUGGGCUGCUGCAUCAGGCUGCCGAGAAACCAAAGCAGGGGUGACCGCGCCACGGUGUCGGCCCCUCUCCUUGGAGGCCAGGCGGGUCGCAUCCCCGCCAGGCCCGAGGAUCGAGCUGUGUAUCGCGACGCCAGCUGCCUGGAGAUCUGGGGGGCGAAUGUCUCGAAAUGGAGCUCAGGACAAGGAUUGUUGGAGUGGGCUCGAAAUGAUCGCAAGACGGCCGAGGGUGGAGCUAAGGAGACGCCGCAGGUGGUCUGCCUGCAGGAGCACAGCCUAAAGUGCAAGAGCCAGGUCGAUUCAGCGCGGCGCUGGAUGCGACAAAGUGGUUAA